AUGAAUCUGACUUCUGCUUCUGAUCCCGCCCACUUCUUCCCUGAUAGCCCUUCUGGUGCCUCUUUCCAGCAAUGGUCCAGGUACUGGAAUUUGCAUAACAUUAGUAUUUUUUCAAGAAAAGGAGGAAACAUUUCUGAGUCCGCAGUUAACAUGACCUUCAAGCUGCCUGAAGAGGAAUUUGAUCCACUGGGAGGUCACACUGUGUGGCAGGUCAUCAUCAUCGUCUUCCUCACCGGAUCCCUUUCUUUCGUCACUGUUGUUGGCAACAUCCUGGUUUUACUGUCCUUCAAGGUAAAUAAGAGCCUGAAGACAGUUAACAACUAUUACCUGCUCAGUCUGGCCUUCGCUGACCUGACUAUCGGCACUUUGUCAAUGAAUCUCUAUACUACCUACAUCAUCAUGGGCCAAUGGGCUCUCGGGCCGGUGGUUUGUGACUUGUGGCUUGCAAUAGACUAUGUGGCCAGUAACGCCUCCGUCAUGAACCUGCUCGUCAUCAGCUUUGACAGGUAUUUUUCUGUAACCAGACCUUUGACAUAUCGGGCCAAAAGAACAACCAAGCGAGCCAUGACCAUGAUUGGACUAGCUUGGUCCAUCUCUUUCAUUCUCUGGGCCCCGGCCAUAUUGUUCUGGCAGUACAUUGUGGGUGAACGCACGGUUCAGCCAAAUGAGUGCUAUAUCCAGUUUUUGUCCGAGCCCAUAAUUACCUUCUGCACUGCUAUUGCUGCAUUCUACUUACCAGUGAGUAUCAUGGCCAUUUUGUUUUGGAAGAUCUACCAAGAGACAGAGAAGAGAGCUAAAGAUAUACAAGGUCUCAAGGGAUUUGGGUCAGGCACCAACCCGAGCCAGGCUCAGAAGCUGGACAAUGGCGGUGGAAAAGAUGCAGUUGGCAGCCAGAGGAUAUCAUCAAUCAUGCUGCGCCAAAUCAGCUCCCAGAGCGUCAGCAGUAGUGAAAUCUGUUUGUCUUCUCCAGAGAGAAACAGGAACAAUAAUUCCAACUCACCAGGAGUGGAAAACCAAAAGUGCAGUAGAACUCUAUGUUUUCAGUUCUCAGCCUGCUGGACUCGUUUUUCUGCAUCAAACAGAUCCUGCAACACAACAACAAGUACAGGAGAGGAGGCUGAGCGCAGCAGCGUUAACGAUGACAUGGUUGCUGCUUCGGAGGUGAACCAGAACAGUCUACAUCAUGAAAGCAUCAAAGUUCAGAAAGGCUCGGAUGGACUUACUCCCUCAUCUUUUCCUGACCAGUCAGUUGCCACGGCAACCGGAGAUGCUGUGCUUGCCAAACGAUUUGCCACUAAAGCAAAAAUAGAGAUCAAGAAGCGCAAAAAUGAAAAAAAAGCAAAUGAAAAAAAAGCAAAUGAAAAGAAAGCAGCAAGAACUCUGAGCGCUAUUCUGUUUGCAUUCAUAACCACGUGGCUGCCGUAUAACAUCAUGGUGUUGGUCAACACUUUCUGUCAGGACUGUAUUCCAGAAUCUCUGUGGGCUCUGGGGUACUGGCUGUGUUAUGUUAACAGCACAGUGAACCCCAUGUGCUACGCUCUGUGCAACAAGACCUUCCGAACAACCUUUAGGGAUCUAUUAAUAUGCCAGUGGAAUCAAAACAGGAACAAGCCCAAUUUUAAUCAAAGGCAGGCUGUUGGCUCUCAAAAGGAGCCGAGAUAGAUUGUAAUACUGGAUUGAUCCAUUGGGUGGAAAUAUUUUCUUUAGGUUUAGGUGUAAUUAACUAUGCCUCUGUGGAAAGAAUGCUCAUCUGUUUCUUUAUUAACUUGUUUAGUUUAUGGGUUUUACCACACCUUGUUGGCAAGGAUAUGCAUCAGAAUCACAAUUCCUUUAUAGUCAUUGAACAAGAAAGCACAAGAACAUUUUAAAAAUACAGACUCUUAAAGGCAGUGCAAAUAAAUAAUAAUAUAGAUGUGUGUUCAAAUAUCAGUGGAAAACAACACUUUUUAAAUAUAGAUUUAGUAAAUUAUAUUUGAACUUGACAGAAUAGACCUUGCUUACACUUGUAUUCAUAUUUUUGGUUUUCAUUUUUAUAAAUAUAUUAAGAGAAUUUAGUAAAAAUUAUUUCUAUAUUUGGCAAUAUUGUGCUGGUUUUAAGUGAUUUUACACUCAAUAAUCACAUAAUUAUUGUGAUUUUUGAGAGCCACAGUCAAAUCUAUUCUUUCAAAUAAACAGUAAUCCAUGCCUUCAUUUCAUCAUGACUGGAUUCAGUAAUCCAGUCAUGGAUUACCUCCACCUCAGAGUCAGCCAGUCUUCACUUACACGUCUGCAGCUGGGGCAAAAAUGCUGCUGCUCGUCUUUUAACAGGAACAUGUAAGAGAGAACACAUUACGCUGGUCCAGGCUUCUCUCCACUGACUGUCUGUGUAUUUAGGAGUUAAUUUUAAAAUCCUUUUGUUUGUUUUUAAGAUUUUAAACAGUAAUAACCUUUCCUAAUUUACCUUAAUAAACACGUAAGAUGAUUUGGGACAGGAUGACCUACAGAAGAUGAAAUCACACAUCAGAGAACAGAUAAAGAGAGAAAAAUGAGACUUGACAGGAGUGAGGGUCCUGAUUGAGCACCCUCACCAGGUGAAUCAGGACAGAAGACAUGAAGACUGCAUCUGGAGAGCUUAAGAAAACAGAGCGGGAGAUGCCUCAUCACCUGUUAUCAGAUCCAGCACAGCUGUCACACACACUCAACUCACACAUGCACACGACUUGUACUUGUGUGCCUGUGGCGGCCACACACACACAUCACACACACACCAAGAAUCUGAAGUCCAGGAACACUGAGGAAAACCUAUCAUCCCUAAGAUAUCAUGAAUAUCAGUCGAGUCACACUUGUACUGUCAUUUAAAAAAAAAUCAAUUAUAUUUUUUUAAACAUCUAAAUUCUUUUUGUAAGUCAUACAGUUUUCUCAGUUUUUUUUCUCAGUUACUUAUAAUGGGACCAUUUGCUAUUGAUAUUUGCUAUUUACUAGUUAUUGCUAUGCAGAAAGCAAUGCAAUAAUAUUUUGUCAAACUAUAAUUUUAACAGUGAAAACAUUUUCUUACAUUUAAAGGGAAAUGACAGAUUGGUUUCAUGUUGCUUCAUAUUAAGGCAAUGUUCAUAAGCUGCCAGCCUGCAGCUCAGAAGGUUUGGUUUUUGGUUUUGUGUUUCACUGUCGACGAGUUGCUUGUAGACCCUGUAAUGUAU